GCUGUGCUGGCAGCGCCCCGGGUGCCUUGCGGGCCCCCGGGCUCUCCCCUCGGAGGGAGCGAGGCAGGAGGCUGCCGCCCCUCAGCCCCCGUGGAGAGGCCCCUUCAGAGCCCGGUGCUGCCCUCGCCUCAGGGCGGAGCCGGUCCCGGGCUCUGCUCGGGUCUGGGAUCUGGGAGCUCCGGGAUUUGAAGAUGUCUAAAAAGAAGCAGAAGAAACUAGCUGGAAAGGAAGCCUGUUUGGAUGGCCAGGAUGACAAAAACUCUGAAGACACAAGAUCUUACAAGCACACUGUGAAAGGAGAAACAGAACUUCAGAGAUCCAAACCAGAGAAAGAUGGGCAAGAGAAGAAGCGACACCGAAGUUCUCGUGCUUUUCAUGAUGCAGAUGGAAGAUCCCGGGAAAAAUCUCCAAGGAGAAGCAAAACCCCAGAUGGUUCUUCAGUUCAACCUGAAAAGCAGAAGAAAAUAGUGAUCCAGUUUAAAGCCAAAGAAAUCAAACAUGGCAAAACCACCCGCACUCCUGAUGUGGUUACUGCCAGCAAGGAAAGAAGUCGCUCUGAUGGAAUAGAAGGAAAAAGGCUCUGGCACAGCUUUGAACUUCAGAGGGACAAGGCAUUGAAGAAAAAGAGAGAAAAAGCUGAACUCUGUAAACUCAAGCUAAAAGCAGAACAGGCGAUGAUAGAAAAGUUUAAGUCCUCUGUGUAUGAGGUACCACAUAAAAAAGCAGAGGGCUCAAAAAAGCAGAGUGAGAAUGUCAGAAUUCCCAAAAAGUCACCUGACAGCUCUGCAGGGACUGGGCAUGGUGAUAGGGCUGCCAAUAAGGAGCCAAGUGCAUUAUCUAGCUUCUGGGAAGAAGAGGAGGAAGAAGAAUAUAAGGACUUUGCUGUGAAAAAGAGGCACACGAGUAAACACAGAUCAUCACACUCCUCAUCUGAAACUCCACCACGACGGGACUCUCGGAAGCGCAAAAAACACAGCGCUGGUUCUCCUAAAGCUCCUGAGCGCUCAGGAACUAAAGAAGGCCACUUGGAAGCCACAGCACUGUGUUUUAAGCAGAAUGUUGAGGUCCCGUGCACAUCUGACUCCUACCAGGGAGGUGAGGUCAGAAAGCCUGUGCCUGUCUCAAAGAGCUCUGAAGACUCUCCACCGCUUCAAGACAGUCAGAACGCAGAAACAGACCAAGAGAUGCAGAUAGUCGAAGACUUGCACGUUGCUCGUGUGGAGAAGAGGAUGGCCCUGUCUGUAGUACAGACCUGUGGAGAACUUACAAGCAUGGAGAUAGAUCUUCCAGAACAGGAUUUAAAUAUUUCUGCUGGGGCUUUUAGUUCUGGUCUGAACAUCCUAGUGGUGAUUGACACAAAUAUAAUGAUUAGUCACCUUGAGUUUGUGAGAUCCCUGAAAUCUGAGGAUAUACCUGGAGUUGAUAGACUUACAUUAAUAAUUCCCUGGGUCGUCCUACAAGAGCUGGACAACUUGAAGAAGGGGAGAAUGUUGCAGCAUGUUCGGGACAAAGCUAUCCCUGCAGUGCAGUUCAUCUACAAGUGUCUCAAGAACCAGGAUUCCAAACUGUGGGGGCAAUCCAUGCAGCUGGCUUCUGAAAAAAUGUAUGGGCUGAGCGACGAGAACAACGACGACCGCGUCCUGCAGUGCUGCCUGCAGUACCAGAAGCUCUUCCCACAAGCUCUUGUCGUCCUCUGCACGGAUGAUAAAAAUUUGUGUAAUAAAGCCAUUGUGAGUGAGGUCAAGGCAUUCUGCAAAGCUGAUCUGGUCACUGCUCUGCAGAAUGUGAAUGCAAACAGGCCCCAGAGCUCUGAGGAGCUGCAGCAGCCAAAGCAGGAUGCAGAACUUGGGAAGACAAGAGGCAGUGCUGGUUUUACUGCACAAUUCCCAAAUGUGAUUCCAGACCUUGAAAGGAACUUAGGAGAAGCUUUGUCUUGUAUUCUGGAGACUGAAAUGAAACUUGCAUUUGGAAACCUGUGGAUGGAGAUCCUGUAUCUGAAGCCACCAUGGACCUUAGCAAACCUGCUGAAAUGUUAUAAAAAACACUGGAUGGCUGUUUUUGGUUAUGUGGUGCCAAGGAGUUUACUUUCAACCAUUGAAUGUCUUUCUAAACACCUUUAUGCAGAUAAACCAUUUGACUCCUCAACAGUGCAUAUCCUGCUCCAGGAAUCCAAAAAACUGCUCCAUGCGUUCAGCUGCAGGUCAGACUACAACGGUGUCCUGCCCCAAGCUUAUGCUGAAGUGACAAAACUCUGUGAGACCCUUGGGGAGGUGAGGGCAGACAGUGAGCAGGAUUUAUCAGAAGACAUCAUGGUUCUUUCAGAAAAUGCUGCGUGUGAAAAAAUGGAAGCCACGGUGCCCAAUCUGCAAAGCACUGAGGAAAAAGAGCUAUAUCCCAGCUUUCAUGUGGCUCAGGAAAACAGGCACCAGGAAAUUUGGUCGGUCCUGGAAGGUGUUUGGAACACCAUGAACUUGUACAGUGUUGAGCUAUUCCAGAAGCUGGACCCCAGUGCAGUGACCAUGGCUGCCAAGGCCUCGUUUGAGGAGGCUUUUUUGGGCCUGCAGAAGCUGUUGGCAGCAGUGAAGGACAUCCAUGAGGGCAUUGGCAGAAUUUUGACCCCAACCAGUAGUUUCCAAGAUAUUUGGACCCUCUAUAGCGUCCUCAGAAGACAUGAGAUCAAUAACAGUCUGAAAUUCACUGCUGAGGAGCUGUAUGAAUGUGUUUCACAGGAGCUCUACAGGGAGAGGCUGGAAGUGGGCUGCUGCCAGCUGGCACAGCUGGAGCAGACGCUGGAGCAGUGCCAGGCGUCCGUGCACAGGGAAGCCGAGAGCCGGGGCUGGCUCUGAGCCGGGCUCAGCCGUGUGAGCUCCGCCUCCUCGGGGGGUGGAGAGGGAAGUGCUGGAGGAGCCAAAAACCGCCGGCUUCUCUUCCUCAGCGGCGCUGGUUUGGGGUGGACUUGAAGGGAAAAACACGGUUCCACACUGGACGUUAAAUGGUGGGAUUUCUGCUGAGAAUUCUGUUCACUACUCGAAUGUUCUGUCUUGAGUGAGGUUGAUGCUGGAUAGCCAUGGAUAACCAGGAGCAGCAGGGCUGGUUUGGGCUGCAGCAGCUGUGCUCUGCUGCUCUGAGCAUCCAGCGUUCCUGUGAGGAACUGAGCUGGUAAUGGUUGUAUAGGAAAACCCCUCUGGUUGUUUUGCUGGUACAUUACAAGUCACAAGUGAGAGAAAAGAAUCUGUUGUGUCAGCCGGGGACUCGAAGCAGCUGAGUGCAAGGCCAGGAAUGAGGGACUGACCCCAGACACCAUGUGUGUGUCCUGUGCAGUGAAGGCUUAAGAGAGGAUGUAGAAUGGGCAAAGGAGCUUAUUUUGAUGCUCAUUUUUCCCUAAAGACAAAAGAGACUCCCACCCUCAUGCAAGUGUUUGUCCCAGCCCCCUUUUCAGAGGAAAAGGGCAUUUCUCCUUUGUUUAAACAGGCAUUUUAGUGGAAACCUCAUAGCAGUGCUCUUGGGGAAACUUCUUAUCCUGCUCUUGCCACAUCCUCGUGGAAGGUGGGCCUGGUCCUCCCUGCUCUCCAGUUGACAUCCCUCUCUGGCUGCACUGUUGGUUGCUUUCCAGAACUGCUUUAAGUCCAUGAAACUUCCCAAAAGCCAUUUUCUAAGGCCUUUAAUACUACCUCUUCUUGUAUGUAUUUGUACAGAGAUUAACUGACUGGCAAAGUUCUGAAGUGUCUAUUUUGAUAUUAACUUUUGGAUGUAUUUGUAAAUUCUUGAUUGUAAAAAUGUAAUUUAUUGUUACAUUAAACAGUGGUUAAUCCUGA